UUCUCAGUUUCUCUUCCUCUCCUCUUCAGGUGAGGAAAAGAACUCGAAGCAAAUCCCGGGUUUCUCUGAGUCACAUCCUACACGAUUUAGGUCCACUUCACAGUUGCACUAAAUACUGCCUUUGCCAACUUCAGUUUCACACUCGGGUCUUGCUGGGUGUCUCUCAUCUUCUGCAUUUUCCCAAUAAAUUUUGCCUUUUUGCGCUUCAUUUUUCCCCCCUGUACAAGCAAGCAGAAGCCAUUCUGACAACGGUUUCAGCAGGAAGAACCACAUUGAAGCUACACUAGUUGUUGUUAAUAAUGGCCGCAUCAGGUGGCGGUAGUAGUUACAGAAAUGGGACAUACAGGGGCUCUCUUAAGGGGGAUAGGCCUCUCUCUGUGAAUUCAAACCCCAAGACCUCCGUCAAGCCCAAGCCUUUUUCGUCUUCCGGGCCCCGCCGGAGCAGCACCGGCUCUAUUGGUGCCUCCACGGGAGCCGCCUGCGACGAUGCUGGAGUUCCUGGAAGAGUUCGUGUAGCUGUGAGAUUGCGACCACGUAGUGCAGAGGAAAUGAUGGCAGAUGCUGAUUUUGCUGAUUGUGUAGAAGUACAGCCAGAGCUGAAAAGGUUAAAACUUCGACGAAACAAUUGGGACUCGGACACUUACGAGUUUGACGAAGUGCUCACUGAGUUUGCAUCACAAAAGCGUGUUUACGAAGUCGUGGCUAAGCCCGUUGUUGAGAGUGUUCUGGAUGGUUACAAUGGGACCAUCAUGGCAUAUGGGCAGACUGGUACUGGUAAAACAUAUACUCUUGGAUGUCUUGGAGAGGAAGAUACAGCUGCUCGUGGAAUAAUGGUGCGUGCCAUGGAGGAUAUUCUGGCAGAUGUUUCUUUGGAGACCGAUUCUAUCUGUGUCUCAUAUCUGCAGCUUUAUAUGGAGAGUAUUCAAGACCUUCUUGAUCCUGCUAAUGAUAACAUUUCUAUCAUGGAAGACCCCAAAACUGGCGAUGUUUCAUUACCUGGGGCUAACAUAGUGGAAAUCAGGAACCAGCAGAGUUUUGUGGAACUACUACGCUUAGGGGAAUCUCAUCGCUUUGCUGCAAACACGAAAUUGAAUGCAGAAUCUUCUCGUAGUCAUGCUAUACUGAUGGUACACGUGGAGAGGUCUGUCAAGGGAAAACAUUCAGCUCUUUCAGGUGAAAAUGGUAACAAUGCUCAUAUUAAGACAUUAAAGCCUGCCAUUAUUCGGAAGGGCAAGUUAGUCGUGGUUGAUCUUGCUGGUUCAGAGCGCAUUGACAAGUCAGGAAGUGAGGGACACACACUAGAGGAAGCUAAAUCUAUUAAUCUCUCCUUGAGUGCAUUGGGAAAGUGCAUUAAUGCACUGGCAGAGAAUAGUGUACAUGUUCCUGUUCGUGAUUCAAAGCUUACAAGACUGCUUAGGGAUUCAUUUGGAGGCACAGCAAGAACUUCACUGGUUGUUACUAUUGGUCCAUCCCCACGUCAUCGAGGAGAGACGGCAAGUACCAUAAUGUUUGGACAGAGGGCGAUGAAGGUUGAAAAUAUGUUGAAACUAAAAGAGGAAUUUGAUUACAAAGGUCUAUCUAGAAGGCUGGAUGUACAAUUAGACAAGCUUAUUGCUGAACAUGAGAGGCAGCAGAAAUCAUUUGAGGAUGAAAUCAAACGAAUAACCACAGAAGCAAAAAAUAGUAUUUUUGAGGUUGAAAGAAGCUAUGCGGAUGCACUGGAGAAGGAUAGAUUAAAAUAUCAAAAACACUAUAUGGAAUCAAUAAAGAAACUUGAAGAGCAAUUGGUGAAUAAUCAGCAAAAGAAUGGCAUUGAAAAAGUUCCCGUUGGACUCGAAGAUGGUGGCUCUGCUUUGACGUCUAACAUAGAGAGUCCCAUGAUCUCUACAAUCAAGGAAGUUGCUGAGCUUAAAAAAUUGCUUCAAAAAGAAAGUCUUUUACGGAAGGCUGCUGAAGAGGAAGUCAAUAGUCUUAAAAGUCAAGUAGCUCAGUGGAAAAGGUCAGAGACAUCAGAAAAUUUGAAGAUCUUAAAACUUAGGGAGAUGCUGGAAGAUGAGGCACGUCAGAAAGAGAAACUUGAAGCAGAAAUAGCAAUCCUACAUGGUCAACUGCUGCAAAUAAGUUUUGAAGCUGAUGAGACAGGAAGAAGACUCGAUAGAGGUGGAUUUGGUAAAGUUUCUGGAGAUCUAGAUUCUCUCUUGUCUCAAGUUAAACAUCAGCAGCAAGAGUCAGGAAAUGGGGAAAAGGCCUCAAUAGCCAAGCUCUUUGAACAAGUGGGAUUGCAAAAGAUCUUGUCAUUGCUUGAAUCAGAAGAUGCUGACUUGCAAAUUCACGCUGUGAAAGUGGUUGCAAAUCUUGCUGCUGAAGAAACAAAUCAGGAGAAGAUUGUAGAAGCUGGUGGUCUUACUUCCUUGCUGAUGCUUCUUAGGAGCUCAGAAAAUGAGACAAUACAUAGAGUUGCAGCAGGCGCAAUCGCCAAUCUUGCAAUGAAUGAAACCAAUCAGGAGCUUAUCAUGGAUCAAAGGGGCAUUAGUUUGUUGUCAAUGACAGCAGCCAAUGCUGAGGAUCCUCAAACCCUUCGGAUGGUUGCUGGAGCCAUUGCAAAUCUUUGUGGGAAUGAUAAGUUACAGAUGAAACUGAGGGGUGAAGGAGGUAUCAAAGCAUUGCUAGGAAUGGUCAGAUGCAGAAAUCCUGAUGUUCUUGCACAAGUUGCUCGUGGGAUAGCAAAUUUUGCUAAAUGCGAGUCAAGAGCAUCUACGCAAGGAACUAAGACCGGAAGGUCUCUUCUGAUUGAGGAUGGUGCACUUCCAUGGAUUGUGCAGAAUGCUAACAAUGAGGCCUCACCAAUCAGGCGUCAUAUUGAGCUUGCACUCUGUCAUCUAGCCCAACAUGAAGCAAAUGCGAAAGACAUGAUUAGUGGAGGUGCCUUGUGGGAGCUGGUACGUAUCUCGCGAGACUGUUCUCGGGAAGACAUAAGGACUCUUGCACAUCGGACAUUAACUUCCAGCUCUGCUUUCCUAGCAGAAAUGAGACGUUUAAGGAUAGAUUAUUGAUAGAAUCUUGAAAUAAUUGAAGCAGUUGAAGGUGUGCAUGUAGCAAAGUACAUAUUAACUGAUCCCAGCUUGAAGGAUUGAUCUUUCUCAAGGUAGACAAGCAGAAUGCGUCAGGUUUGAUACUGUCUGCCAUCUCUCCCGAAGUCUUGUUAUAAGUGGGGCAUGCUUGGGUUGUAGUCUUAUGAAGUUGAUUACACACGACAACCCCAUUGCAUUAAUCCCAUAAACUCAUUUUAGCAUCUUCACCCAUGCAGGCCUAUCCUGAUUUGUAUAUCAAAUAAAUUAGGAAAACUUAAAAAGGGAAAAGAGAAAAAUGACCUUUUUGUAUCUAUUAAGAUAUGAAAAAAAAACCCAUUCAUGUAGCUCAUAUUAAUUUUUCCUGUUAUGCUUGUUUUUGUCAACAUCAACAUUCUAUCUACCACUGUUCCAUUGGUUAUCUGAUAUUUUAGCUUCUAUGA